AUGGAAAUUUUUUACGGAUUUGCAGCCACAUAUACGAGGUUUAUCCCUUAUAUAAAGAAGAAUCAUGAUUAUGGUGUGGUUAUAUUUGUCUUGACCUUCAAUUUGUUAACUGCUUCAAGUUAUGGGGUUGGUGAUGUCUUGAAGACUGCAUGUGACAGGUUCUACACCAUAGUCAUAGGUUGUGUUGUUACCCUCUUUAUGAGUCUUUUGGUGUUUCCAAAUUGGUCAGGGGAAGACCUUCAUCAUUCCAUAAUAUCCAGACUUGAAUGCCUAGCUAAAUCUAUAGAAGUUUGUGUCAAUGAAUAUUUUGAUGGAGAAAUACAAGUUUGUGAUGGUGAUAUAAAUAAAUCAUCUGAAGAUCAAAUAUACAAAGGUUAUGAGGCAGUUUUGGAUUCAAAAUCUACUGAUGAAAGAUUGGUGAGUGACACAGAAAAUUCAGAUUAUGAGUCUGUAGAACUAACUCCAAGAGUAAGAAUACCACUUGUUUGGGUCAAAGAUUAUACAUUGAAUCUUAAAAAUAGGGAGGGUGGAGAGUUGCAUAAUCUAGUUGUGUUCAAUAGUUAUUAUGAUCCAAACACUUAUGUGGAAGCUGCUAAGGAUGUGGUGAAAGAAAGUGGAUCAAGAGAUUGA